AUGGCGGGGGUCUUAUGUAGCGUCUGCAACAGCGAGCCGAAAAAGUACAAAUGUCCAACAUGUUCGGUGCCAUAUUGCUCAAUAUCCUGCUUCAAGGAGCAUAAGUCGACACAUCCAGAAACCGCACCCACCCCCUCCGCUCCUCCAGAACCUGAGAUCCCCCAACCUCCGCCUCCACAGCCACUCCCGAAGUACCUGCGCAAGAAGAUCGACUUUUCCAUCCUCGGCACAAAUCCCAAAUUCCAAGAGCUGCUGAAGGCAUAUCCGACACUGUUACCCAUGCUCCAACGCAUCUACGCUGCGACGAUCGAGCCAGAUCCGGAGGACGGCCCACAGUCACGUCGAAGAGGCGGGUAUCGUGGUCGAGGGCGCGGGUACAGGGGAGGUGGGAGGGGUGGCCGUGGAGGCUGGGCAAAUGAUGAGGGACCAAGGUGGACGCAGAAAAAGGGCGACGCUGAUGCGAUGAAGAUGCUGAAGGGUCUAAGGGAUGGCAAGAGGGCCGGCGAGGAGAAAGAGGCGAUGACCGCGUUUGUGGGGCUAGUUGAAGAGACAUUUGGAGAAGUGGGUCGUGAAAGAGAAGAAGCAGUUACUGGGGGCAUGGUCGGGACAUUAUGA